CGUGGAUUGGAUCACUGUUGCUUUCUUCAUCUGGAAUUUCAGCAUCGUCGGAACCAUAUGCAUCCACUGGCGCGGUCCUCUACUGCUCACACAGGCUUAUCUGAUCAUAUCGAGUGUCCUAAUGGCUCUCGUUUUCAUCAAGCACCUGCCACCGUUCACGACUUGGGCCGUGCUGAUAUUUGUGGCGCUGUAUGACAUCGUUGCUGUAUUGUGUCCGGGUGGUCCACUUAAAAUGCUGGUGGAAACUGCACAGGAACGAGACGAGCCUUUGCUUCCUUCUCUCAUAUACUCUACGACAAUGGCGUACAUAGUGUCCGCUACCUUACCCAGCCAACCGAAUGUUGAUGAUGAUGCGGAUGACAUAUACGGAAAGGAUUUCGAAAGUUCUGAUGCAAUCGGCCAUCACGGGGAAGAUGCGAAUAGCGACACCGCCCGUCUCCUCCCCACCAAUGACGAAAGCGCAAGCACAGAGAUUUCAGAUCUAGCGGCUGCAAAUAGCGCUUCUGAGCCAGCCCCAACUGCUACAAGUCCUGAUGCAGUGAACACCACAGACGAAGCACGAGCUAGGCGGCGGAGGCGACGACGCAGGCGGCGCGAGCUGGAAGAAGCCAGGCAGAACAUGCAGCAGGAGCAGGAUGAGGGCGUCAAGCUGGGUUUAGGGGACUUCAUAUUUUAUAGGUCUGUGCGGUGA